AUGGGGUUCCUUGUCCCUGCCAAAAACCUUCAUACCGACGCUCUUGUAUCGGGAGGACGGGCCACACGAGACCAUUUGCAUGAUGCUGCAUCGUCCGCUGCCAUUUUCCCGUGCCCCCAUCAAAAAGCGAUCAUUGAUUCGUUUACUGACCCAUGCCUGCGUGCGGGACGUUAUAGGCGGCAUACUCCGUCAACUGUCGAAUGCUCCCUUCAGCCGGCUUUACCCUCGCAGAGACGCGCCCCGGGAUCCCUUCAGCUGGCGGACUUGUCCACAUCCCGCCAUGCCACCAUUCAACACGGUUUCAGAACAGUGACAGGGAAAGUUGACAUGGAGGCUGCCAUCGUGAAGCCCCAGAGCAUCCAAGAUCCUGAGACAGAGGCCAGAAACGAGAAUGGUGACGGCCACCAGGCGCCGGACAUUGCUCCGCCAGACUAUUCUUCACAGUCCCUGGAGUCUGGAACGGUCUCCCCACCGUUGUUUGAGUUCUUGGCACAUCCCGAUGCGUACACAACUUCAUCGGCUCCAAUUGACAUUCAAAUCUCGGAUAUCCCUCCAGAAAUUCGACCGUCUUCCAGAGAAGCGCCUAAUAGCGCGGCAUUCCCCAACCACUGA